UUGGACUUUUGUCAAUAGAAUAUGAAAAUAUCGAGUUGGCAAUGACAUAACUUUAUUAUGUCUACACUAAAUAUACGUGGAUGUCUUAUUAACUUAUGACAGUCCGCAACAAAAUUGCAGUGAAUGUAGGCUUUAAAAGGAUUUAAGCAGGUGAUCGAUUCGAUCAGGACCCCGAGGGAACAGCAUGCAUUCCGACUAUAUCUAUAGAGGGUAUAGGAAGGCUCGUCGAAACUUCUCGCUAAAAACCUAUUUCUUGCUGCUUUUAUGGUGGAUUUUGGCUGCGGGACAGUGGGUGAUGGUGUGUUUGGUUAAAGAGAUUCAAGAUGCAUUCCGGGAUCAUUACUACAUAAGUCUGGUGGCCUUCUUUUUAUCAAUUUUUAUUUUUGCUCUGUUCCUGUUCAUCGAGAGGCUGCGCUACAAUGCAGUUCUGUCCAUCAUAAUUUCAUUUCUUAUUGUAGAGUUGCAAAUUGUUGCCCUCUUCAUGCUCGUCUCUCGUUCUUAUUGGGGAGAAAUGCUUCUGUACUUCGGGAUCUGUGUAGUAGCAAUAUUUAUCUUUGUGAUCAUCGGAUUGAUUGUACCAAGACAGAUCGAUUGCACGCUCCAUAUAGCUUUACUUUUUAUACUCGCCUUUCUCUUUCUUCUUAUCACCGUCUUCUUUCUUAUGCAUCAACUACUGGUCCCAGAGAUGUGGAAAGACAUUAAAAAACAUGGCUUUUAUCUGAUUCAAAUUCCAAUUACAAUCACCAUACUAUUAUUUGUCAUGUAUCAUGCUCAAACCAUUAAUGGAAGCCGAUUUGCGGAGAUGCGACUUAAUGAUUUCUUGCUGGCAUCACUAAUUCUCUUCCAUGAUUUUCUUAUCAUUUAUUGGCUGACAUUCUACUGGCAAUUCAACAAUAAACCUUUGACACCUGACAAUAUCCUAAGAACUACCACAGCAUCAGAUGAUGAAGAAAAGUAUUAUGACGAAGGUUAUACAGAAAGUCCUGUUGGUACAGAGGAUACCAGUGAAGCUGAUCUUGUUACAACGGACGAUUAUAUCGAUGAUACAUCUUCCGAUGAAACUGACGAUAUUUUGAGUUCAGCAUCAGUAAUGUCUUCUGAUGACGAGUAUUAUUACAGUAGUGAAACUUCUUCGGCAACAACAGACGAUUAUGCUGACUAUAGUUCUGAUGCAUCUUCUGAUGAUGCUAGCGCUGAAGAUUAUAGUGAGGUUUCUAUUGUAACAACAGACGAUUCUGAAGCUAAUAUUACGGGAUCAUUUUCUGGUGCUGCAACUUCUAGUGUCGAUUCUAGUGAGGCUUCAGUGACAACAUUAGUCAAUUCGAGUGCCGAAAUUACAGGAUCGUUUUCUGAAGCUGCAACGUUUUCUAGUAUCGAGGCACCUGUGGCAACAUCUAUCGAUUCUAGUGUGGCAAUUACGGAAUCUUCUGCUGCAACUGCAAUAUCUUCUGAAGGCGAUCCGACUGAGGAUUCUGUGACAACAGCAGUCGACUCUAGUGCUGCAAUGACGAAAUCUUCUGCUGCAACUAAAACGUCAUCUGAUAAUAUUUCUACUCAGGUUACUGUAGCAACAACCGUCGAUUCUAGUGCUGCAAUAACGGAAUCUUCUACUCUAACUGCAAUGUCUUCUGAUAGCUAUUCCACUGAGCCUUCUGUGGUCACAACAGUUGACUCAAGUACAGCAAUUAUGGAAUCUUCUGAGGAAACUGAAAAGUCUUCUGAUGACGAUCCCACUAAGGAUUCUGUGACAACAGCAGUCGACUCUAGUGCUGCAAUUACGGAAUAUUCUUCUACAACUCCAACGUCCUCUGAUGAUGUUUCUGGUGAUGAUGAUGUUUCUGGUGAUGAUGAUGUUUCUGGUGAUGAUGAUGUUUCUGUGGCAACAACAUUUGACUCUAGUGCUGCAAUUACGGAAUCUUCUGCUGCAACUGUAAUGUCAACUGAUGACAAUUCUACUGAGACUUCUACCACUACAACAGAAGAAACCACCACAGAUUAUUAUGAUGAUUAUUAUGACGAUACUAUUAUCGAUGCUGAAACUGAAGUUCCUCCUACUGAAAUAACUUUUGGUAAUGGGAAUAGUGAGGCUACUAAGGGAAGAACUCGAACUAGAAGAACUCGAAGAACUCGAAGAACAAGAAGUACUCGUUCAGGUAUUACCAUUUCCAGAUCUUUUGGUACAGAAUAAUGUCUUCUAAUGACGAUAUCACAAACCAUCAUAUUCAACAUAAUUGAAACUGCAGUUUUCAGGCAAAAACUAUAAAUGGCGGGAAAUUCGCGGAGAUGCAUUCAAAUGAUUUUUCCUUUGGAUCAUUGCUUCUUUUCCCCGAUUUUUCCAUCAUUUAUUGUCUAUAUUUCUAGCGUCAACUCAUAUCUAAAUUAAGAAAAUAUUGAGAGCAUUUUAUCCACUAAUAAACUUGAUAAAAAAGGUUGCGUUUAUUAUUCAACCAUCAUCAAAGCAA